AUUUGCAGCAAACUGUCGCCAAGGUAAGACUAAACUGCUGUCCAAAAACAUCUCUAGCAAUAAGGAAGGUUGGAAAAGCAGAUAUACAGUUUUUUCCUGGGUAUAAAGGACUCUGAUAAGUUGAAUGCAAGUGAGAAUGUACUGUAUAGCCUAGCUGCAUGGUGAGAUCUAUUCUAGGUGAUGUUUCUUCUCUAGCAGCAAGCCUAGGUUAACAAAGCAGAUACACAAUCUUCAAAUAUGAUUUUUGCAGUGAUUGCUUCUAAGCAUCUUUAAUGCUAUCAGUAAAAUAAGUUUAAUUCCUGCAGACUGAGAUUCUUGAGUGUUGAAGUGACUAUAGAUCUACUGUAUUAGCCUUAUUGACAUGUACAGUUGCUUUGCUUGCUCAUGUAUCAUACAGCACAUAGAUAAUCUAUGCCUUGCUUAGGCUCGCCCCCUUAAUGCAUUGCAUUCUCCCUAGUAAUUAUGAUGCCUGUGGUGUGCUAUAAUGGAGGUAAUGAUAAUCAUAGUUCAUAAACACAAUAUAGAUGGACACUAAAAUAACAAUGAGCAGCUGCUUGACAUGUGACCACCAAGACUGGCUUUUAUAAUAACAGUGCAGCAAAGUCAGUCUACUACAGCAAGUCUGGCAAGGCAGAGAGCAACAGAGGCAGAAAGUCAGUGAUGGCCAGUCCGUCAUCAGGACUUAAUUCUGCAUCAAGGACCCAAUUAGGUCAGAAACAUCUUGAUAUUGUGCUCAAUGCAUGUAAAGGAUGCUGUGCUCAUUGGGAAAAACUAGGACUGAGAUUAGGCCUCCAUAAUGACACAAUAGAACAGAUAAAAAGAGAUGAAAAUGAAUGCACUGAGCGAAUGAGAGUAAUGCUGACAGGGUGGCUGAAAGGGAAUUAUGAAGUGUCAGAAAGAUAUCCAGAACCAUCCCAACAUUCACUGUGUAUUGCAGUAGCUGGGAUUAACAGAAGCCUGGCAGAAACUAUAAGCAAUGAUCCAUUAUUCAGUGACAUCAAUAAUACACAAGGAUCCAAUAACAGCAGACCUCCAUACACAAAACAAGAAUUGAUGCAGCUCUGUACUUGCACUAAAUGUGACGAGGAGACAAUAAUCACCACGGGCUGCUCUGACAGAAAAGACUUCCAUGCUCUUGAUACCAAACGACUUUCACAAGAACAGUGGGAAGUAUAUUUAGGUUAUGCCACAGAAAAAAUACAAGAAAUGAAAGACGAAUGGAGUGAAACUUAUGAUAAAAUUAAAAGAAUAGUUUAUAAAUGUGGAACAGAAAAUGAUAAACAAGAAUAUGAAAUUAUGUUGCCAAAACAAAACAAUUCCUACGUCACUCAAUAA